AUGAAUGGUACUGUGAACGACGUUGAAGGGAAAAAGAGUAAUAACUCUACACCAAUUAAGGAAACUAUAGAUGAUGUAAAUGCUUUGAAGAGGUCAAGAGAUGAUAAAGAGAAUGAGGAAGAAGGAGAGAUAGAGCAGAAUUCAAAUGAUACUAAAAAGAAAUUGAAGAUAGAACCAAGUUCUGAAACAAAGGAUGAUGAAGAAAAGACUAAAACUGAAGAAGAUAAGAAAGAACAAGAGAAACCAAAAUUUGUAUUUGGUUCAACAACCUCUUUUGGUGCCGGAUUCGGUGUGAAGACCUCAACGAAGGAGAAAGAAGAAUCAAGCAAAGAUAACAGUAAACCUUUUGCCUUUGGAUCAGGUCUUUCAUUUGGUAGCGGGUUUGGUGUCUUAAAGAAACCUGACGAAGAAGAAGAACCAAAAACUGAACAGAAGCCGGAAGAAGAAACAAAGACCGCAGAUAGCUCAGACACUAAAGAUGGAAAGGAAGAAUCUGUCAUCGAAUUACCCACAGAAAAGGAAUCAGAAAAGAAAAGUAAAGAAGCUACAAAAGAUGACGAGAAUGUUAUAAAAUUGACCAAAAGGGAAAUUAAAUCUGGUGAAGAAUCAGAAGUUUGCGUCUUCCAAGCAAAUGCAAAAUUAUACCAAUUAUCUGACCUAAAAAGUGGUUGGAAGGAAAGGGGUACGGGAAACAUUAAACUGAAUGAAGAUCCCAAUACAAAGAAAGCGCGGAUUGUGAUGAGAUCUCGAGGCAUUCUAAAGGUUAUUCUUAAUUUACCAUUGAUUAAAGGGUUUUCCAUUCAAAAAGGAUUUCCAGGUUCCUUAAAUGGUGAAAAAUUUGUGAGAAUAAUUGCUAUAGAUGAUAACAAACACCCUGUACAAUAUGCAUUGAGAAUAGGUAAGGAGGAAACAGCAUCGGAGUUAUAUGAUAAAAUUAUUAAUUUAAUACCUAAAUAA